AGCCUGCCAUCCAGGAGGGAGUGGCUGACCGAGGGAGGGGAAAGAGAGAGAGGGAGAGGGAAAGCUGGAGAGCUCUGCGGUAGCAGUCAGCGCAAGAACCAAAGCAGAAAAGUACUGAGAGAGAGAAGGGAAAAAGAAGGUAGAUAGGGAAAAAAAACACUGGAAUUAGGAGCUAAGAAAUAAAAUAAAGGAGAAAGAGCGAGAGAGAAGUCUGGAAAAUCAUUUCAGACCAGGACAGAAGAGACUGAGAGAGAGAGGGGAAAAAAAGACAGAAACAUGAAUUAAAAGAAGUCUUGGACUUCACAUUGGAGACACAUGUCCACGUGUGAACUGUUGCUGCUGCUGUGAUCUGUCAUUCCUCCUCACAGUGUGUGUGUGUGUGUGUGUUCUUGAGAGACUGAGGAGAGUGUGUGUGAGCCUGUCGUUCCUCUGGAGUCUACGGGACCAUGGCACCUGUCAGGAAUGGGUGAACUUGAGGCUUAAAGGACUCCGGGAAGAGAAAGAAAGAGAAAAAGGCUGAAAGAGUAAAAGCUUUCAGUGUAGAGAGGAAACUCCACAUCCACAGCAUCACUGUAACAACAAGCAGGACGACUGACAGCCGUCACGGCAACUGCGGUUUAUAACUGAUCAGAAGUUCUGGUCUUCCUCAGAAGAUGAUGACUAUGAUGAUGAUGAUGUGUAGCUCGCUGGUCCUGCUUUGGCUUAUUGGUCUCAGUGCUUCAUCUAGUGGACGUUCACCUUCCUCACCCCGGAUGAAGCUGUCUUAUAAAGAUCUCCAGCAGUUUAAUGGCAUUAAGCGGUUUGACUUGGAGCGUACGUGCUGUUUUAGAGCUCUCCUAUUGGACGAGGAGAGGGGGCGGCUAUUUGUUGGAGCUCGUAACUUUCUGUUAUCUCUCAGUCUCGACAACAUCAGCAAACAGGAACAGAAGAUCUACUGGCCAGCACCUGUUGAUUGGAGAGAAGAAUGCAACUGGGCUGGGAAAGACAUCAAUACGGACUGCGUAAACUAUGUGAAAGUGCUACACCACUACAAUCGGACUCACUUGUACGCCUGUGGGACAGGGGCUUUCCACCCCACCUGUGUAUAUGUGGAGGUGGGACAGAAGAUAGAGGAUCAUGUGUUUAAAAUCGACCCCUCUAUGGUAGAAGAUGGAAAAGGAAAGAGUCCAUAUGACCCACGCCACACAUCAGCAUCUGUUCUAAUUGGUGAUGAGCUUUAUGCAGGCGUGGCCACUGAUUUAAUGGGACGGGACUUUACAAUCUUUCGCAGCAUGGGACAAAGGCCCUCCAUACGAACAGAACAGCAUGAUUCUCGCUGGCUCAAUGAGCCCAAGUUUAUAGCGGCAGUCGGUGUUCCAGAGAGUGAGAAUCCUGAUGAUGAUAAAGUCUUCUUCUUCUUCAGAGAAACUGCUGUAGAAGCUCAGGGAUUUGGGAAGGUUACAUAUUCCCGGAUUGGUCAGCUGUGCAGGAACGAUAUGGGAGGACAGCGCAGCCUAGUAAAUAAGUGGACAACAUUUCUAAAGGCUCGUCUUGUGUGUUCUGUACCAGGCAAUGAUGGCACUGAAACACAUUUUGAUGAACUUAGGGAUGUGUUCCUGCUGCAGACCCGUGACCGAAAGAACCCGCUGAUCUACACCGUCUUUACCACCUCAAGUAGCGUAUUUCAAGGUUCUGCUGUGUGUCUCUACACCAUGAAUGACAUUCGCCGGGCAUUUUUAGGACCUUUUGCACAUAAAGAGGGACCCAAUUUUCAAUGGAUUCCAUUCCAGGGUAAAGUGCCCUACCCACGGCCAGGCAUGUGUCCCAGUAAAACCUUCGGAGGUUUUGAGUCCACUAAAGGUUUCCCUGAUAAUGUAAUCCAAUUUGCAAGACACCAUCCGUUAAUGUUUAAUCCAGUCACUCCACUGGGAGGCCGGCCGCUGUUUCUGCGCACUGGAAUACCAUACACCUUCACUCAGAUUACUGUAGACCGGGUCAACGCAGCUGAUGGACACUACGAUGUAAUGUUCAUCGGCACAGAUAUCGGCUCUGUGCUGAAGGUGAUCUCUGUGCCCAAGGGAAGCUGGAGUAACACAGAGCUUCUGCUAGAGGAGCUUCAGCUCUUUAAGGAUUCUUCAUCUAUUAUCAGUAUGGAGAUUUCCUCUAAACGGCAACAGCUGUAUGUUGGCUCGGACACAGGUGUUGUCCAGGUGCCUCUGCACCGCUGCAGUAUGUACGGUAAAGCUUGUGCCGAGUGCUGCCUGGCUCGAGAUCCAUACUGCGCCUGGGACGGACACACCUGCACACGCUACCUUCCAAACACAAAACGGAGGUUCCGGCGUCAGGAUGUGAGGAAUGGGGAUCCUAAUGCACUCUGCUCAGGAGACCAUCAGAAGCAGCGUGUUCUGGAGAAGAGGCUGUAUGCUGUGGAUGGAAGCAGCUCCUUCUUGGAAUGCAUCCCGAAAUCAUUACAGGCCCAGAUUACAUGGACCUAUCAGAGGCACCCGGAAAACUCACGGGAGGAGGUUCGUUUAGAUGACCGUGUUUUGCUGACUGAGCGAGGCCUGUUGCUAAGGCGAGCCGUGCGUAGAGACGGCGGUGUGUAUCAGUGUCAUGCAAUGGAACAUGGAUUCACCCAGACCAUCCUCGCGAUCACGUUGGAGAUUUUGCCUUUGGCUGGCUCCGCCCCUUCAGCUCCUAUCCCUCGCAGCCCUGCCCAUUCCCACGUCAAUCAUGGGCAGUCUACCAAUCAAAAGCUGUGGUACAGGGACUUCAUGCAGUUGGUGGAUCACCCAAACUUAAACACGGUCGACCAGAUCUGCGAGCAAGUUUGGUCACGCAAGCACAGUCUAUCAGUGAAGGGUUCUCCAGAUACAGCCAAUGAGGCACCGGUUCAUGACCCGCUGCACUCUAAAAAGUGGAAGCACCUGAAGGAAGUGAGGAAAGGGCGAAAUCGCAGAACACAUGAUGGGAGACCUGCCCCCAGAUCGCCGCGGAGCGCAGGAGAGUAGCGAGGGAUGAGAGACGGAGUGAAAAAGAGG